ACCGCUAGGGUUUUCUCUCACUCAAACCUCUCCAGAGAGCACAGCACAAAACCCUAACCAUGGCGGCGGCAGUGGUUCCAUCUAAGGAGUCCGUCCAAUGCUUCGGUCGCAAGAAGACCGCGGUGGCCGUGACCUACUGCAAGCGCGGCCGUGGCCUCAUCAAGAUCAACGGCUGCCCAAUCGAGCUCGUCGAGCCAGAGAUCCUCCGAUUCAAGGCCUACGAGCCGAUCCUCCUCCUCGGACGACACCGUUUCGCUGACGUGGACAUGCGCAUCCGCGUCAAGGGCGGAGGUCACACGUCUCAGAUCUACGCCAUCCGUCAGAGCAUCGCUAAGGCGUUGGUUGCUUUCUACCAGAAGUAUGUGGAUGAGCAGAGCAAGAAGGAGAUUAAGGACAUUUUGGUCAGGUACGACAGGACUCUCCUCGUCGCUGAUCCAAGGCGCUGCGAGCCCAAGAAGUUCGGUGGGCGUGGUGCUCGUGCUAGGUUCCAGAAGUCUUACCGUUAAUUUGGAGAGCUCGACAGGUUGUUUCUUUGCUUUGGUUUUUGAGAACUUGGAUUUUGAUGUCAAUGAAUAUGUUAUAAUUUCGAGACUUUGUAGUUGUUUUAGUAAGACGGAAUUUGAAAUGGUGCUUUUUGUUAUGAUCAAGUAUGAAAUGGUUUAGUUAAUUU